GCAACGCUUGGUGUCCACGGCCGUGGUGGCCAGAAACCGGCGACCGCAGAUCCGAAGUGGCGAUUGCAAGAGCAGGAAAUCCGAGAGACCUUGCCUCUUCAGCGGCAAUCGGCGAGACCAUGGAGCGAAGGUGCACGCUUGCAAGGCAUAGCCAUCACCGAUCGAAUCAAAGCACUGGUGGACGUUGCCUUUUUGAAAACCGAGGAUAUGCUCAAGCAGCGAAAGGAGCCGCACGCACGGCAGGAUGUCGCCAGAUCCCUCUUUGCAGACCUUUCCCAAAACAUUGUGAGAAUGCCAUGGGGGCGCUACCGCACUUUGACGACAAGCACACAGCUGUAUUCCUUUGAACGUGAUCGAUUGCUCGUGCCCGAAGAGCUCUUAGUGAUACUUGGGUUCCCUCGCACUUAUGCAGAAAGUGCACGUCAUCACAUGAAGAACAGAGAUAUCACCGACUUGGUGGGCAUGGCCAUGGCAGUCCCAUCCGUGACUGUAGUAUGUUGCAGCGCCUUGAUGGCAGCCCUGCGUUUCUUGCCGGGCUUGGCUGCUGAUGUGGAAGUUGCUUCGCAGGACCGGUCGGUUGUAAACUCCACGUGA